AUGAGAGAGUGGGAAGAGGCAGAACGCCAAGCAAAGAACUUGCCAAAGGCCGACAAGAAAGCUGUUAUCCAGCAUUUCCAGGAGAAAGUGGAAUCACUGGAACAAGAAGCAGCAAAUGAAAGACAACAGCUGGUGGAGACUCAUAUGGCACGAGUGGAAGCCAUGCUGAAUGACCGUCGCCGCAUUGCUCUGGAGAAUUAUAUCACAGCUCUGCAGACUGUCCCACCCAGGCCUCGUCACGUAUUCAACAUGCUGAAGAAGUACGUGCGUGCUGAGCAGAAAGACAGACAGCAUACUCUCAAACACUUUGAACAUGUCCGCAUGGUAGACCCAAAGAAAGCUGCCCAAAUCAGAUCUCAGGUUAUGACACAUCUGCGUGUGAUAUAUGAACGCAUGAAUCAGUCUCUCUCCUUCCUCUACAACGUGCCUGCUGUGGCAGAGGAGAUCCAGGAUGAAGUCGAUGAAUUACUUCAGAAAGAACAAAACUAUUCUGAUGAUGUUUUGGCCAAUAUGAUCAGCGAACCCAGAAUCAGCUAUGGAAAUGAUGCUCUCAUGCCUUCACUGACAGAAACUAAGACCACAGUUGAACUUCUUCCAGUGGAUGGAGAGUUCAGCCUAGAUGACCUUCAGCCAUGGCAUCCCUUUGGUGUUGAUUCUGUUCCAGCCAAUACUGAAAAUGAAGUUGAGCCAGUUGAUGCCCGCCCAGCUGCAGACAGAGGACUCACCACACGACCAG